UGAUGGGGCUCAAGCACUGGACCGGUGGCAAGCAGACAACCAGCCAUGCCCAGUCUGGGGCUCUGGCUCAUGUUCCUGCUGAUGGCAGUGCCCCCACUGCAGCCCUCCUCGUUGCCACCACCGGACACCCCAGAGGGAAAGGCCGCCAUUGCAAACCUCGUCCUCUCAGCACUGGAGAGAGCCACCUCCUUCCUAAAGAAGAGGCUGCCAGAAAUCAACCUGGACGGUGUGGUAGUGUUCCGAGUGCUGGAAGAAAGGAUGCACGAAUGGGCUGUUCCCCCAGAGCCAGCUCUACAUGAAUCUCUUCUGCGCCAACAUGUGGCCCUGAACCGGAGAGCUGAGGCCAUCGGAUAUACCUAACCCACCAGGACAUCUUUAUGGAAAACAGUGGGCCUCAGCGUUCCGCUCUAAGGACAAAGCAGCAGGGUGUCCCUGGUUCAGGCGUACACACACACACACACACGCACGCAUGCACGCACACACGCACACACGCACACACGCAUGCACACGCACGCAGUAGGGCCACCAGAUUUAGCAGAUUAAAAUAGGGGUUGCCCAGCUAACUCUGAACUUAAGAUAAACAAUGAAUACACUUUUAAUAUAAGUAUAUCCCAAACACUGCAUGGGAUAUGCCUUUUCAAAUUUGUAUUUGUUUAUCAGAAAUACAAAUUUAACUGGGCAUCCUGUACUGUAUUUGCUACUGUGUGACUGCUUCCUGCCCCCAAAGGCUGACCAAGUGACAGACCUCUGGGCUGACUGCCUAGCUGACCAGCAAAGAGACCUCAAAGCCCUGGAGAUGAGGCAUAAAGGGGUAUCCAGAUCCCUAUGCUGACCCCAACCAGCUCCCAACCAAGACCCUAAGUCUAGGAGCCCCUGCUCACUAAGGCAGAGCCUGGGGGCUGCCCCCUUCCAGCCAUUGCAUUGAGUGCCCACCUCCUGGUGCUGCCUCACCCUGAUGGCAGGAGGCACCGUGGUGACCUUGAGGGGUGAGAGCAGGUGAACCUGGAGGGAGGCCUGCAGAAGGUUCUCUGUCUUUGCUUCCAGUCAUGUUGUGUGGAAUCGGUGGCUUCUCUGACUUCUACAAGCUCCGGUGGCUGGAGGCCAUUCUCAGUUGGCAGAAGCCACAGGAAGGAUGCUUCAGGAAGCCUGGUGAGCGGCACUGGGAGAGGGAGGGUGGUGGAGGCUGGGUUUCUAGACCAGGUAAGGAAAGAAUACAGUGGUGUUAGGGACACUGUGAGGGAUUUGCAAUACUUACGUGCAUGCAUACACAUGCAAAUACACACACACAUGGAAAUGGGGUUACAGCUUUGGAAUCCAAAACUUCACAGGACAGGAGACAGCCCUGUGGGAAGAGGUCAGCCUCCUACACCUGCAUUAAUAAAUUCUUU